GCCUUGCACCCAAGGGAAUGUCAUUGCACCGAGGGGAUUGCAGUGCACAGGGCAUUUCCCAAGAAUGGGGGAGAAGAUAAAGCGCCACUUUGUUGAGGAUCGGGUGGUGGUGAUCGACCCUCUUCCUUUUACCUGGAGGGUGAAAGGGCCUGGACCUCACUACUGUCUGGAUAUGAAGAUGUCUCGACUCAAACAACUGGUGUUCGCCUUUGAAUUCGGAUCUGUGGACCCCAGGCAAUCGUUCCCAGUGACUGAAUUUCCUGCAAGGAUCGUUAAACUUGACAUCUCUUUAAAUGAGCUGGAAGAACUGCAACCUGAAGCGCUUUUUCCUUUUGAGAGUCUCUCUGAAUUGGAUGCAUCCCUCAACGCUUUAGGCGGCAUCCUGGGGAUUGGCGUUCUUCCCAACCUUGCUGUAUUGAACCUCAGCUACAAUGCGCUGAGCGACGUGAGAGACUUAGGGAGCUGCACUCACCUGCUUGUCCUGAACUUGUCUCACAAUCAAGUGCGGACCCUCGAGCACAUGCCCCUCCUGAGUAACCUGACGCGGCUUCACUUAGGGUCCAACAAGCUGAGCUCCUUGGAAGGUGUGCAGAAUCUGCCCCAGCUCUGCGAACUCUACAUCCAGAGGAACCGGAUUUCCAGCUUGCUGCCACUCUCCUCCUCCCUGGCCCUCAACGUACUGGAUGCUUCCAGCAACAAGAUUGCCUGCCUGCAGUACACCCUGCAUGUGCUCAGGGGGCUUCACAGACUGAGACACCUCAAACUUCAGGGCAACCCGCUGGCUCGGGAUAACUGCUAUGCCACUGCAGUCAAACAGGCCACAGCUGUGGAGAGCCUGGACGAUGUGCUUCUUAGAGACCCACCGCGCUGCUCUGCACUGUCCUCAUUCAGUUGGGCCCUGCUUGGGGAAUCGCUGGCCGGUGUGAUGGACUGAAGCCAAACCAAGGAGGAUCUGAAAACAUCAGCUAGGAGGACCUUCCUGGAGAGACUGCAGCACAAGAGAGAUGACACAGAGAGCGCCAUCCAUCACCUUCACAGCAGAAUACUGGACCUGCGAGAAGAUUUGGCAGAAUAUGAAGACACUCUCAAAACAGAAAUGGACGGCUGUAUAAGAUACAUAGAUGCUCUCCCACCUAAGGAUUUCCAGGGGCUGACUAACCCUGACAUGAUCCCGAAUGCUAUGGAGAAGUUCCUGUUCACCAAAUUCUGGCAGAGGUGGCAUCAAGGCCAAAGGAGACCAGCCAACCUUCCCUAUAAAGCAUUGACCAAGCCAGAUGAGGUGCUUCAAGCCACCGCUCAGCUCCUCUCAAACCUGCCACCCAGGGACGCCGACGCUUGACGCUGUUUCAGAUACCUGAACUAUCAGGAGGAACGUUCUUGCAAAACCUGAUGAAAUCCUGAUGUGCUCUGAGUGAGCCGAUGAACAUGGCCCCGACGAUCCCAGGGUAGAUGAACGGGGGACCGUGGUGAUGCCAUUUGCCUUCCCUGACGAGCGAUUUCUAAAACCUUCUUUAGGCUUGAUUAACCUAAGUGAUUUUGCAUUACCUGCAGAUGUUGCAUGGUCAUUGCUCGCCCUUUUUUUCCAGGGCAUUGAUCAUUUUUGAGAUUUCAAGGCCAGGCUCACGGGUACCGUUAUGAUCAUCUAGUCUAAUGUCCUGCUAACACAGGUCAUAGGACUUCCUUGAAUAAUUGGCACUUCAAGCCCACAACUCCUGUCUGCAUUAGACUAGCUUUUAAAAAGAUACCAAGCAUUGAUUUAAAUGUUUUAGUGGAUGGGGAAUCCACUGCACAUUGAGGUAAGUGAUUCCAGUAGUUAAUUAUCUUCUCCUUUAAACUCUUUCUAGUCCUCCUGGAACCUUAAUGAUGCUCCAUCAUUAACCUUUUGCCAUGCUGAAAAUGAAUCAUUUCUCCCCAUUCUUUGCUUUCUUUUAGCUGCUUUCCAAACCCUGGCUUAUGCUUUGCCCUUCUCCUUCCAGGGCUACUUACUUCCCUGAAUAAAGAGGUUGAUGGGCAAGACCGGAGAGUCUUAGCAAAGCUUAGGGGUCCUUACAGAAGAUAAACCCUCCUUGCACGGUGGUCAUAUCAUGCCAUUUUCUGACAUGCUAGAAUUUCCCAAUAGCUUAAAGGAGAAAAAUCCACAUGCUUAUUAAAAAAGAAAGAGAAGAUGAAUUGUAAAGAAAGGGAAGGUUUAAAGCUCAUUGUGAUACACUCUGGAAAGGUCACAGCAUGUGGUUCAUUCAUCUCGGUAAAUCAAGAGGCUGCAUCCUAGACUCUCGGGCUCUGUAACUCAUCUGUCUGCACGCAUUGGCAGGGGGAUCCAGUGACCGGUGGCUGUGUUCUGUUUUGCCGCAGAGAUCAAACGCUGCCUGCCAAGGGAGGCAGGUCUUGCAUGAAAUGAAGUCUUGCAUUCAUAACCCCUUAGGGUUUCAUUGUGUUUCCAACCAAUUGCAAUGAAACCACAUUGAAAAGCACACUGGUAGGGUUGGCACCACUUUAGUCUUUCCUUGGGUCCCUUCUGUUGGACUCUUGUCUGUAGUUACUUGCAUAAGAUCAUAAAAACCCAGGACUGAAAGGGGCAUCCAACAUCUUCAAGUCUAGUUGCUGGCUAUUGCAGGCAACCAUGUCGUAUCAUCCUGUUCCUCAGUUUUUGGUGCAUGCUUGGUUUUCUCCCUCUUCGGCCCAGUACUGCCUAAGUUCAAAGGAAAAACAAGAUGCAUUAGUCUGGUGCUUUUUGUCCCUAGACCUCCAUGCGCUCGUAAAGGAAAUUAUAUAUCUGUUCCUUGGGCAAUGCCAGGAAAUGAAGAGACCUACCCAAGCUCACAAAGGGAGUCAGUGGCUAUGUAUGGAAAUCCUUUGUCCCAGCUCUACUGU